CAAAAAUCCAGAAACUCAGCCCUAUCCGUUUGCUCUCUUCCAAAAGAGGAUCCUGCCCUGGUGUGACGUGACGUUGAUCUUCCCACCCAUUGCCAUAAUACAUAAGUAUAUAAUCAACAUGAAGCGCCUCAAUUCCCCCCAAGACGACAACGUCCCAAUCUACAUAUUCGGUCUCCUCUUCACCGUUCUCAUUCUCAGUUUCCUCGGCACGUAUCUUGACACCAGCAAAUCACGGCUCGUGAAGUCAACAUCCGAAACUCAGUAACGAUCAGACGCCAUUUGGGUCAAUCAAAAUGGCUGGAACCUGUUCGAUGCUUUGCCUGAUCCUCAUCACACUCUUCGUUCCUCCGCUUGGCGUUUUCCUCAUCUCUGGCUGCAGCGCUGAUUUCUUCAUUAAUAUUCUGCUGACGAUUCUUGGGUAUCUCCCUGGCCAUAUACACGCCUUCUAUCUUGAAUACGUAUAUUACCGUCAACGCGAUGGGGCUACAGGACGCGCACCUGGUGUAUACUCCGAGCGAAUCCAGCGUGGUGGUCACCAUGAAACAACCUAUGGCACCAUCCAUAAUUAGUCAGUUAAAGCUGCAGUUACGACUUACGAGGGAUGCGGUAUACUUGUUUUAUUAAGCCCAUACCUGAUAACUCCGGUCUAAUCAUUCGUUCGUUAUUGUUUGCGUAAAAAGCAGGCCCACUUUUCGGUUAUAUACCUAUGAUUGCGAGUGCUAUUCCUACAAUUGUACUUUGUCUUCUAUUAUUCGCAGUCUAAAUUGCAAUCCACCAUUUAGUCC